AUGUCGAAUGGAGAUUUGGUCGUGCACGAAGCAAUUCAUGACGACGAUGAUGUGGAAAUGACGAGUGGAAUGGAAGCGGCAAUGCAGAUAGAUGUACGUUUUUAUUCAUUUUCUACAAAAAUUCAGAAAGACACCGAUAAAUUCGUUAUUUGAAGGCAAAUACCUGUGUUUCUGGUCUCGCAGCCAAGAUUCCUUUGUAAAUAGCAUUGUUUUUAAAAUGAUUUUCAUCGGUUUUGCGCAUUAAUUAUAGAGAAAAAACGCCCGUUCUUAUUCGUGACCUCCCCGAUGGUCGCAAUCACAGUAGAACGGGACAGGUGUUGUUCUGCCCGACAAACAACCUCUUCGAGACAUCUGCCGUGGUCACAAUAACGAGAUUACAAUUAUAAACAAUGAAGAGGACAGUCUGCGAUGGAAAGAAUACGCAAAACUCGAGAAAUGCAGUUUAUUGGCAGAACUAAAUCUUCUCAAUCUCGGCAAACCUCUGCAACUUUUCAGCAGAACUUCAGCAAGCAACUUUUAUCUAACUUCUGCUGAAAAGCGGCCAAUGUUGUGUGCAGAAGUUGCUCUCGCCAAAAAGUUUGCCCAAAAGUUGAUGAAGUUUUGUUGAAAAGUUGAUGGCGCUGAACGUUUGCUCACAAGUUGCUACCUUUCAAUAAUAGAAUCUAGUUGAAAUUCUAUAAAUAUCUUUAAAAAGAACAAAGUAUCUGACUCUUCGACGUCGUCACAUAAUCCCUCUUCCAGAUGAAUGGCUUCCCAGUUGACGAGCGCGUGCGACGGAUGAUCAUCGAUCUGCAACGUCACUGGCUCACCGACUACCACAACACCCGUGAAAAGGCGCUUGUCGAAUUGGCCGAGAAGCUUCACCAAGAAUUCAUUGAUGAUCAGGAUAAGAUUAAAGAGGAGCUGCUUCAGCAAUUCAAGGAGGAACUUGAGGCAACAAAGUUGGCGACUGAGGCCAAACACCAAGAAGAUUUGGAGCUGGAAAAACAGAAGUUGAUUGAGAAGCACAGCAAAGAGCUCGCUCUUUCAAAGAAGAAACAAUGGUGCUGGUCGUGCGAUAAUGAGGUGAGCGGAUUGUUUAGUAUUGCCGAGCUCAUUCCGAAUUUGAAUUCUACAUAGGGUUCCUUGCUGCUCAUUACGUUUUCCUCCCCGACAAGCUUGUCUAUAACUGAACUUUCUUCCAGGCUAUCUACCACUGCUGCUGGAACACGUCCUAUUGUAGCGUUGAUUGCCAACAAGGACACUGGCAAUCCCAUCGCAAGUUCUGCCGCAGAAAGAAGGGAAUGAUGGCAAUUGCGCAAGCCGUCAAUGGUCCACCAGCCGUACUUCCAAACCAGUAA